CACUUUCUCACACACUCACAAUACAAAGCAGAUCUACAACCCCAAACACACACACUCACACAAACACACCGCCGCCGCCGCCAUGGUCGUCGCCUUAGGUCCCGGAAAGUUCUACGGCAGCAGCCUGCCACGGCCGCGUUACUACACAGACGUCAAGUUCAACGACGAGAGGGUAGAUCCACCGCCUUCCGUCACAGAUCCACUGAUGGAGUGGGCCCACGAGGCCCACUGGUCCAUGGGCGGCGUUAGCUUCACGCGCCACCGCCUCCAGGGCCGGAUCGAGGGCAACGUCGAGAGGCUCCGCGCGCAGAGGGAGACCGUCUUCAAGAAAUCCCACAACAGCGAGAAGAAAUCCGUCAAGGGAUCUUCCGCCGCUUCUCGCGGCGGCGGUAAGGAUAAAACCAGCGCCGCCCAGAUCGGCGACACCCCUUCACCGCCGGCGGCUCCGGUGGCGAUUAAGAGGCGGCGCGUUGUUGGGCUGUUGGACGAGGAGGAAGAAGAAGAAGAGGCGGGGCCCGUUAAGAGGGGUGCUGUGAGGAAAUUGGGUGAUGAUUUCGAGAGGGUGGCGAGGGAAAGUGGGAUGCCUGUAAAACAGGCGGAUAGUGACGGCGGCGAAACUGGUGGUACUAUGGCGGCGCGUACGAGGAGUAAGAGGAAUGAGGCGGUUGGUGAGGGAAAUAUCAGCAAAGGGAAGAAGAAAUUGGUAAAGGGAGGGCAGAAAAUAGGAGCUUCCAUUUUGGCUGCUGCUGCCGGGAUUAGAAGCUCACCGCGGUUGGCGAAGAGCGGUGGAUUGAACUAGAGGUGUUCGAUGAAUUGUCUGACCGAAAAAAAAAAUUCUGUAGAUUAGGCUUUUUCGUUUUUUUUUUUUUGAUAUUUAUGUUGCUUUCUCGAUGUGAUUAGGAUUUAAUUACUGUAGUCUAACUUGGUGUGGUUUCAUUUCAUCAAUUAAGAAAUUAGAAAUCAAUUUAUAAUUGCAAUUUGGCACACAAGCUUGCUUGCUCUUCUACG